GAGAGGAAGUGUGGGAGAGGAAGAGAGAGUGUGAGAGUGAGAAAGAGUGAGUCAGAGAGGGUGAGUGGGAUUGAGCGAGGGUGGCGAGGAGUGAGUGGGACGGGGGGAGAGUGAAAGGGACUGAGUGAGGCAGAGGGAGAUGGUGUCCAUGGUGUCGGCUCUCUGGGCGCUGUGUUGCGGGCUGGUGGCGGCCUGGGGGCAUCUGACGCCCUUCGACGAGCUGUACGAGGACGGGGUGAGGGCUUACUAUGACAGCGACUGGCCGGCGGUGGUGCGGGCCAUGGAGGGGGCGGCGCACAGCUACCGGGAGCGGCGGCGGCUGCAGGUGGGCUGCAGGCUGGCUUGCGCCGCCCGGCACGGUGUGGAGACGGCCGGGCCGCGGGUGGUGGGCUCCGUGCUGCGCCGGGCCCGCUGCAUCGAUGUGUGCGGCCAGCGAGGCCUGGGCCCCGCGUCGCUGCACCGGGCCAACCGCGACCUGGAGCUCGAGUUCGAGCGGCGCGGCCCCUACAACUACCUGCAGCUGGCCUACUACAAGCUGAAUGAGCCGGCCAAGGCUGCAGCAGCCGCCCACACCUUCUUCCUGGCAAAUCCCGAGCACAUGGAGAUGAGGCAGAGCCUGGAACGUUACAAGCAGAUGGAGGGCGUCGGGGAGUCUCACUUCAUCGACCUGGAAGCACGGCCCUACAUGGAGGCCUUCGACAAGGGGCUGAAGCAUUAUGACGAGGAGCAGUAUUCGCUGGCCAUCAGUGCGUUCGAGGAGGCCAUGCGACAGUUCUGGGAGGCGGAGACGGAAUGCCGUGCCUUGUGCCAGGGGCCACAGGAGAUUGAAGACAUUGAGCAGCAUCGAGGGCUGCACCUGUACGAAAUCAUCGCAGGUCACUACCUGCAGGUGCUGCUGUGUGAACACGACUGUGUGCGGCAGCUGUCCACCCGCGCUGGCCGCCUCUCGCCCAUCCACAACUACCUGCCCCUGCACCAUGACUUCCUGCAGUACUCCUACUACAGGGUGGGUGACUAUGGGGGGGCUCUGGCUGCCAGCACGUCCUACCUGCUGCUGCGUCCUGGAGACCCUGACAUGUUGGACAACACCGCGUAUUACCGGCUGGAGCUGAGGGCCAGAGGCGAGCCAACCCCAGGGCCGCGGCAGGAUAUACUGGACUACAUGGAGAGGUACCGGCUGGAGAAGGAGGUACUCCAGGCAGCCAGCACCGAACAAGGCUUUGCCUACAUCGACCCGGUUAGCUGGACCGUGUCCGGGGAGCUGGAAGAGGAGCUGGAGAUUUCCGGCAGGCGGACGACGGGGGUGGAGACCCUGAGAGCCCCAGUGAUGCCGGUGAUGCAGCGGAAACGGGCGGAGAGAGCGAGCGAGCCCGAGCAGCGGGAAGGGGGCGCGGUGCCCUACAGUGGGGCGAGGGUGGUGAGCGACUCGCGGCAGAUGAACGGCAGCCAGAGGGUGUUAAUGGACCACGUCAUCACCCCCAUCGAGUGUCAGCAGCUCUUCCUCGUGGCCAACAGCAUCACCACGGCGGGCGACGGGUAUCGGGGCAAGAUGUCGCCUCACACACCCAACGAGCGCUUCGAGGGAGCUACCGUUUACAGAGCCCUGACGUACGGGGUUGAGGGGCGUAUCUCGCUGCGGGGGGCGACGCUGUUCUACGAGGCGAGCGAGAGGGCUCGGGCCAUCAUCCAGGCCUACUUCAUGCUCAACUCCACCCUCUACUUCUCUUACACACACCUGGUGUGUCGCACUGCCAUCGAAGCAGGUCAGCAGGAUAAUCGUAAUGAUCUGAGCCACCCGAUCCAUGCCGACAACUGCCUACUGGACCCUGAUGCCCAGGUGUGCUGGAAGGAGCCGCCUGCUUACACCCACCGUGACUACAGCGCCAUUCUCUACCUGAACGGUGAUUUUGACGGCGGGGAGUUUAUUUUCACGGAGCCCGACGCCAAGACUGUCACAGCGGCGGUGAAACCUCGCUGCGGCCGGAUGGUGGGCUUCUCGUCGGGAGGGGAGAACCCCCAUGGGGUGAUGGCCGUGACCCGCGGGCAGCGCUGUGCCGUUGCACUGUGGUUCACCCUCGACCCACACUUCCGAGAGCAGGAACGGAUAAAGGCGGACGAGGCGAUGGAGCUGAUUUCACUUCAGCAGCAACUGGACGGCAGAGUUGAAGUAAACCCACGGGACGAACUGUGAAUCUUCAGUCUAUAAUGUAUUUAUUUAAAUUCCCAGCAACCCCAUAGAAUGUUCUAAUGUGCUCUAUAAAUGCUAAUUUAAUUUGUUCACAGAUUUUUACUAACAGUUAUUGUCUUCCAGUUGAACCGCACCGGCUGUCUCCCACUGGAGGUUGGGCCUUGUAUAGGCCUGGUCCCCGGGAAGGCCUGGGCCUUUGGUAGGCCAGGUCCCCGGAUAGGCCUGGUUCCCGGGUAUGCUUGGGUCUGUGGUCGGCCGGGUCUUUGUGGAUCUGGGCCUAGUCUGGGGUCGGUCCUAAGGUGGGCCUGCUGCCUGCUGAGCCUGGUUGAAGGAUCCCUCUCCAUUGCCCCACCAACGGUAGAUGGCGGCAUCUUACCCACUCCCGCAGCUCCAGAGAGCCGUCCCCACUGGACACACACAGCUGCCUAGAGCUACUCUCCGUCACUAACCAAACUGUGCCAGGAGUGUGUGAUGGGUCUGUGCGGCGGGAGUUUCACUGUGUGUCUGACCCUUGGAAUGUGUGAUGGAACAGUGGAGGGAGCGUCGCUCUGUGUUUGACCCCGAGAGUAUGUUAGGACGGUACAGAGGGAGCUUCACUUGGGUCAUUGUGUGUUUAUCAGUCCUCAUGUGGUGGUGCCCACCUGUGUGAAGUGAACUGUACAGCUGAACUUUCUGUUUCUGCACUGAUGUCCUGGACAGGGGCUUCACUGUUCAAAUAUCGGGUGUAUUAUUUCGGUGUGUUCAAAACUUGUGGUUUGAUUUACUGCGGGUGCUUUGUGUUUACAUGCUGCACAGGAAACUAUAAUAUUGUGGUUAAAAAUCGUUAUUUAUAAAAUGAUUAUUUUAUAGAUACUAUUAAAUUUUAUUAUCUUUGUGAAACGUGUUUCGUC